UAUCGUAGUGUGAGUUUGACUAUAUGUUCCCACUUGCUUUAAGCGUUUUCUCUCCAAAUUCCCAAAGUCUAAAAGCAAAACAUGAAGAAGAAGGAAAGUUUUCUUCCUUCAUUCUCGUUAGAUCGGGAUUUUUGGGCAUCUGAAUUGGAGUAUCGGGAUUUUCUUUUCUCUGUUUUUAAUUUUUGAUGGGUUCAACAAAAUUUCUUUCUGGGUCUGCUAAAUUGUGUGAUUUUGGAUUGAUUUAGGUGGAUAAAGAGGAUGGCGAUGAACGCGGGGGAUUGGAGGAGUCAGCUGCAACCAGAUACUCGACAGAGGACUGUUAACAAAUUAAUGGAGACCCUGAAGAGGCAUCUUCCCUUCCCUGAGCAAGAGGGACUACAAGAACUUAAGAAAAUUGCAGUAAGGUUUGAGGAAAAGAUUAUACUACUGCCACAAGCCAGGUUUGCAUUUACACUGUCAGAUUAUCUGAGAACAAUAUCUCUUAAGAUGCUGACAAUGGAGACAAAAUCCCAUAACCGCAUGGGCAAUUCCCUGCAGUCCAACUAUGCCAGUAAUUGUGAAAUUACCCCUGUUCCAGAUAGUAACAUUGGAGAUUCAUCCCUCACAACUCUUACUGCUGCAACUAACAAGGCAACCGAUGACGAUGGAUUGGGUCUUGAUUUGAAUCUAAAGCUUUAGUUUUUCUUUUUCAAAUCUAUUAUGUGCUUGAUGUGCUAUGUAUAAGAAAGUUAUUCUCCACAUUUUCUUGAAUGAAUUUCGGAUUUCACAUUAUUAUCUAAAUCUUGUUUGUUUGUUGGAUUUUGUGGGUCAGAAGUGUCCGGUCAAUAGCAGGUUAUUCACGUCAG